UGCAUGUUGAGUUACGAAUUGGUUUUGGACCGGGAGAGAUCGUCUCGUAUACUCGUUGCAUUUAAACGAGCGCAUAUAUGGUGGAUAUAAAUAUAUGCGAAAUACGAGCAAGUGAUUUAUAAUUAUUUAAAUAUAUUUAUAUUUUUUCCUAAUUAUACAUAAUUACGGGAAAAAGUCGAAAGAAUAAAAGGAGAAUUUAUGACGUGGCUAACGUGCUAACCACACUGGGAAAACUCAAGGAUAAUUUGUUGAUUUGAUUAUUAUGGGGCGUUUAACACUUUGGUUCCUGCUGGGACUGACGUUAAUCGCCGUUUCCAAUAAUGUUGGGUUUGCCAAUGCCGAUGUCGGACCAAGCGAAUCAGAAUGUCGACCCUACAUUGAAAAGGCUAUAAAUGAACUGAAAACAGAUGGUGUCACGGGCAAGGAUGGUUCUGGGGAACUGCAAGCCGAUCAGCCUCGUGGGGACGAUGACGACGAUGAUGAUGGUGGGAUUGUUGAAAAAGAAACUGUUGAAAUUACUGAUGUGGAUUCCACAGAGGACGCGAAGAGCGUCAACGACCUUGACGGCGAUGGCAUACCAGAUGAUCAGGACGACGACAUAGAUGGCGAUGGCAUACCGAAUGACCAGGAUGACGAUAUCGAUGGCGAUGGUAUACCGAACGACAAGGACGACGACAUCGAUGGCGACGGUAUACCAAAUGAGGAUGACGAUGAUAUCGACGGCGAUGGCAUCCCAAACACGGAGGACGAUGAUAUCGAUGGCGAUGGCAUACCGAAUGAUAAGGACGAUGACAUUGAUGGAGAUGGCAUACCGAAUGAAGAGGAUGACGAUAUCGACGGAGAUGGCAUACCAAAUGACCAAGAUGAUGACCUCGAUGGCGAUGGUAUACCAAACGAUGAGGAUGCAGAUAUCGAUGGAGAUGGUGUGGUCAAUGAGAAGGACAACGACAUCGACGGCGAUGGCAUACCAAAUGCUGAGGACAACGACUUGGAUGGCGAUGGCUUGCCAAACGAGAAAGACGAGGAUCUGGAUGGCGAUGGAUUAGUCAACCACGAGGACGAGGAUAUCGAUGGGGAUGGUACUUUGAAUCACGAGGACGGCGACUUGGAUGGCGAUGGCUUGCCCAAUGACAAGGAUGAGGACUUGGAUGGCGAUGGCAAAGUUAAUCAUGAGGAUGAAGAUAUUGACGGAGAUGGUACUCUGAAUCACGAGGACAGCGACAUCGAUGGCGAUGGUGUCCACAAUGAUGAGGAUCACGAUGUCGAUGGCGAUGGCCUAUCCAACUCCGAGGAGCCUCAGAGCAUGGACAUCGACGGAGACGGUGUGCCAAACAAUGUGGACGAUGACAUUGAUGGCGACAACAAGGUGAACGAGAAGGACGACGACAUGGAUGGCGAUGGCAUCCUGAAUGAGCACGACAAUGAUAUGGAUGGCGAUGGUAUACCCAAUGAUCAUGACGACAGUCGCGAGACUGUCGACGAUGAUGAUGAGGAGGAGGAGGUGAAGAAGCGCAGCAAGCGUGAGGUGGAUGCGGCGCCAGUCGGUGAAAUCGAGGCACCCCCAAGUCCAGCUGAGGAGUUCCCAGCCGAAGAGGAGAAGGACGAGGAAGCUGCAGAGGCUGAGCCCGAAGCAGCUGUAGAGGAGGAGCCGGAGCAGGUCAAAGAAGAAGAGCCGGAAGUGGCGGCAGAGGCGGAGCCAGAGCCAGAAGCAGAACCGGCUGUGGCUGUCGAGCAGCAAGAGGAAGCUGUGGAGGUAGAGGAGAAGCCUGUAGAAGAAGCCGUUGAGCCAGAAACUGAGGCAUCCGGCGAAGCCGAAGCUGCUGAAGAGCCUCAGGCAGACGAAACAGCAGUUGCUGCCGAAGAUGCUAUCGAUGCUGAUGAUGAGGACACCAAGCCCGAAGAUGAAUUGCUCUGGGAGGGUGCCGUUCCGCAGAAUCGUCGCAGCCGUCAGCACAUCACCGAGCUGCUGCUGCUGGACGAGGAAUUCAAUGCACGAGAGAAGGCCACCGACAAUGUCGCUGAGAUAAUUCUGCGCGACAUCAAGAAGAUCUAUGAGAACGCCAUCAAGCCACUGGAGACGCUGUACAAGUAUCGCGACUUGAGCAAUCGUCACUUCGGUGAUCCCGAGAUCUUCUCGAAGCCGUUGAUCCUGUUCAUGGGUCCCUGGUCGGGUGGCAAGUCCUCCAUUCUCAACUAUCUGACGGACAAUGAAUAUACGCCCAACUCACUGAGAACCGGCGCGGAACCCUCACCGGCGUACUUCAACAUUCUGAUGUGGGGCAAUGAGACGGAAGUGCUCGACGGCACCCAGCUGGCAGCCGACUACACCUUCUCGGGUCUGCAGAAGUUCGGCCAGGGUCUGGAGGAGCGUCUGCGCGGCCUGAAAUUGAAGAACAAGCUGCUCGAAAAGGUCAACAUCGUUGAGAUACCUGGCAUACUCGAAGUACGCAAGCAGGUCUCUCGCGUCUUUCCCUUUAACGACGCCUGCCAGUGGUUUAUCGAUCGGGCCGACAUCAUCUUUCUGGUCUACGACCCAGCCAAGUUGGAUGUGGGCCCAGAGACCGAGGCCAUACUCGAUCAGCUGAAGGGGCGCGAGUAUCAGACGCGCAUCAUACUGAACAAGGCGGACACCGUGAAGCCCGAGGAGCUGCUGCGCGUUCAGGGCGCACUCAUAUGGAACAUAUCGCCGCUGAUGUCGUCGGCACAGCCGCCACUCAUGUACACCACCUCUCUCUGGACGCAUCCCUAUCAGGAGGGCGCACCAGCUCGCCUGCUGCUGGCCCAGGAGCGUGCCUUCCUGCGGGAUCUGCGCACAGCGAUCGACAAGAGGAUCGAGCACAAGAUCGCAAGCGCUCGUCGCUUUGCCGUGCGUGUGCGUAAUCAUGCCAAGAUGGUUGACUGCUAUUUGAACACCUACUACAACCACAAGACUCUGUUUGGCAACAAGAAGCGCAUCGCGGACGACAUCAUCGAUCAUCCGCAGAACUAUCACAUCUACGAGGGCUUGUCCACGUUGACCAAUAUCUCGCGCUACGAUCUGCCCGAUCCGGAUGUCUAUCGCGACUUCUUCCGCCUGAAUCCGCUGUACGAGUUCAAGAAGCUCUCCGAGACAUGCACCUACUUCCGCGGCUGUCCUAUCACCAAGCUGGAUCUGGCCAUUGCCUACGAGCUGCCUGAAUUGGCAGGCAAAUACAAGAAAAUGUCCGAAGCGGCGUUAGCCAGCAUUGAGGCGCAGGCCCAGACGCAGGCGCAGGCGGAACCGAGCAACGUCCAAGCCGAGCCGAGAAAGACGAGUUGAGGUAUUGACUCCGCCAAGGAGUAAGCCUGCCAUUUAGUUUGUUUUAAUGAGAGAAUGAUACAUAUACAUAUAUAUAGCGAGAGAGAGAGAGAGAGAGGGAGAGAGAGAGAGAAAAUAUUAGCUGUCUAAAGUCAAGUAACUGCAUCAGCAUGGAGAAAGAGAGCUAUUAGGAACAUAUAAGAGAGAGAGACAAAGAGAGAAACAAAUCGAGCUGCAAGUGAGAGCAAAGAAUUGUUAACGUAUUUGUUAUCCAUUGACGAACACACAAACAACAGCAACAAACAUCAACAGCAACAACAACA